UUAAAGAUUAUCUAUGUGUACUAUGUUGUAUUGACUUCUUUAACGCACACUAAUAAAACAAAUUUAAUCAUGUCUAACGUCAGUUUCAGUAAUCUGUCACUUGUAUUUAUUCAGUGAUAAAUUAAACGAUUUAGUACAAAUGUUGCGAUAGUAGUAUUACGACAUUUCUUAGUGGCAGCAAGCAGUUUGUAUGACUGGUAUGACAAAAGUGCAACGAUAGCUAAUUUUUAAGUAAAAAUGCAGUAAGGUGUCUCUAAUUCGCAUAAAUAAAUCUCAUAUGCCAUAUAAAAACAUUAUACAAAAUAUUGGGAAAAAUAGAGAGAAUUACAUGUACAAAUAUGUCAUCGCAAGAACAAACAUUAAUAGUACAAUCAAAAUUCGUUUCGGGAGAGAUUGUAAUAAUUACAACCGAAGCUUCGUUAAUUCAGGGUUGGCACAAAGCUCCUAGGAUUGUAGCACUGCUCAACAAAGGAACAACUCAUGCCCUGGUGAUUCUAAUCAGUUCUAAAACACCUCCUCAAGUUUAUAGUGACCUGACCAUAGAAAGAAUAUUACCUAUCGAUCAAGAUUUUAAAUGCAACAUAAACACAGAUGAAAAACAACAGGAUAGUCUAGAUGUGUACCUUAACGUAACAUCAAGAAAGUUACAGUUAAUAUUCGAAAUGAGACCUGGAGUAGAAACCAGUUCCUUAGUAUCAGAGAUAUUUAGAGCUAUAGAAGUGUGUCAAAAAUCAAAUAAUCCAGCAUCAGAAUUUUCAUGGAUUCAAAAAUUAACAGGAAGUACGCGUAACUUGAGUGUUACCAAUAAGGAAGUAGAAGAUGUUACCGAUCCUCUGGUGGACAUAGAAAAUCCACUUUUAGUUGUAACAAGACAAAGCAUUGCUUCUGGUAAAUCACCGGUAGCUGCCAGAGAAUCAGCCGUACGAUACCAGAUGGCAUGCAAAGAAGAUGAUUAUACAUACAGUAAAACAUUCCGUAUAUUUAUUGGAACGUGGAAUGUAAAUGGACAAGCACCGAAUGGUAUUACUUUACACGAGUGGUUAAGUUGCGAUAAAACACCACCAGAUGUAUACGCGAUUGGAUUCCAAGAACUAGAUUUAACUAAAGAAGCAUUUCUUUUUAAUGAUACUCCAAGGGAAGAGGAGUGGAGACAAGUUGUAGCAAAAUCUCUUCAUCCAAAUGGAGUAUAUGAACAAGUGGCCAUUGUCAGACUAGUUGGUAUGAUGUUACUCAUAUAUGCUUUAAAUAGUCAUAUACCAUUUAUUAAAGAUGUAUCAGUUGAUACUGUAGGCACUGGUAUUAUGGGUAAAAUGGGUAACAAAGGAGGUGUAGCAGUAAGUUGUUCUAUUCAUAAUACGUCUAUCUGCUUCGUUAAUGCCCAUUUAGCGGCACAUUGUGAAGAAUACCAGAGACGUAAUCAAGAUUAUGCAGACAUAUGUGCACGAUUAUCGUUCUCAAAAUAUGUUCCUCCAAAAACUUUUAAGGAUCAUGACCAAAUUUACUGGUUGGGAGAUUUAAAUUAUCGAAUAACAGAAAUGGACGUUGCAGUUGCCAAACAACAUAUAGAAGCUGAAAAUUAUGCUCCCCUUUUGACAUUAGAUCAACUUUGCCAGCAAAGACAACUAGGCCGGGUGUUACAAGGAUUCCAUGAAACAGAAAUUACAUUUAAGCCAACGUAUAAAUACGAUUUAGGCACUGAUAAUUGGGAUUCUAGUGAAAAAAGUAGAUCCCCUGCAUGGUGUGAUCGAGUAUUAUGGAAAGGAGAUGCGAUUACAUCGAUUGAAUAUCGAAGUCACCCCGAAUUAAGAAUUUCCGACCAUAAGCCAGUCAGUGCUGUGUUUGAUUCUCAGAUUAGAAUUAUAGAUAUGGCAAAAUAUCGUAAGAUUCAUGAAGAAGUUAUGAAAAAACUUGAUAAAUUAGAAAACGAAUUUUUACCUCAAGUAAUGGUUGAUACUACCGAAAUAAUAUUUGACACUUUGAAAUUUCUGGAACCUAGUAGCAAAGAACUCAUCAUUGCAAAUACUGGCCAGGUACCAGUUCAAUUUGAAUUUAUAAAGAAAUUAGGUGAUACUAAUUAUAGUAAAGACUGGUUGGAUAUCGAACCAUUUAAAGGUUUUAUAAAACCAGGGGAAAAAUGUGAUGCUAGAUUCGAAAUAUACGUCGACAAAAGAUCAGCGUGCAAAUUAAACUCGGGGGAAGAUAAAUUAUACGAUAUCUUAAUUUUACAUCUUGAAGGUGGAAAGGAUAUAUUUAUUACUGUGACAGGUACUUACGAAAGAAGUUGUUUCGGAGCAUCGAUAGAAGCUUUGGUUCACAUACGAGUACCUAUUAGAGAAGUACCUAUUGGUAGAUUAAUGGAACUUGAAAAUAAUAAGAAUCUUCCUCCAGAUCCAUAUGAAAUACCUAAGGAGAUAUGGUUUUUGGUUGACAGAUUAUAUCGGCACGGUAUAAAAACGGCAGGACUCUUUGAAACUCCUGGUCUUCACAGUGAAAUUAUAGCUAUAAGAGAUUGGUUAGAUAAUGGGAGCCAAGACCCAAUGCCUGGUAGUGUACAUUCUGUCGCAGAAGCAUUACUUUUACUAUUAGAAUCAACUGCUGAACCAUUAAUUCCGUAUAACUUGCAUAGCGUGUGCUUGUCCGCAGCAGUAAAUUAUUUACAGUGCAAACAGAUUGUAAUGCAACUUCCAGAAAUAAGGAGAAAAGUUUAUCUUUAUAUAUGUUACUUUUUAAAAGAAUUAUUAAAUCACACGCAAGAUAAUAAAUUUGAUGCUAAAACUCUUGCAACACUGUUUGGAUCAAUAUUUUUAAGAGAUCCACCGAGAAGUAGAGACGACCGAAAUCAGAGAAAUCGUACUAUUCAAGGAACAAUCGACAGGAAAAAAGCUGCAUUUGUUUAUCAUUUUUUAGUGAAUGAUCAAAGUGAUUUUAUUCAUGAUCGAUAGUCGUAUUCGAAAUUGAAAAUAGAAAGUAUUUGUCUAAAUGUUUUGUCUAUAGUUGGGAAUAUAAUAUUCCUUCUCUAUGAUCAUGCAUUGUUGACUUUCUUCUAAUUGCAUUGUUAUCUCUCUCAUAUCAUGCUGUGAGCUGACAGCAAGUAAAUCUUACUUCAGCUUCGCCAAUGGUAAAUUACAAGUGACGAAAAAGUAUGAAACAAAUUGAACUGCCAGUACAUGAAAUGAGCGUAGAAGUCAUAUGCAUUGCUUCCUACAUACAUAUAAUUGCGUUGUCAAUCACGAAUGUUGAAGCUAUAGAGAAUCGAAAUGUAAUAGUUUAAUUUGCAACGUAUUAGUAAAUAAUUCAUAUUUAAUACUGUUAUAGCAGUACUUAACAAUGACGCGAACAAAAUUUUUAUAGUAAUAAACAGCUAAUUUGCCAAUUCCAAA